AUGUCGCAGCCGGGUGCGUCGUCGCCAGGCUCCCAGCGUAGUAGCCGCGAUGCGCAGGACGCAUCGUCACUGGGUAUUCCAUCUAGCAGUCCCGCGCAUGUGCAUGCCCCUGCGCCGCGCUUUACUUCGUCGUCCUCGGCUGGCGGGUCGCCGCUGCAUUUUCCGACGUCGUCGCCAGGCGCAUCGCUGCGAUCCCAGCGUACGCCCACGGCCCGGCGUGCGCACGAUGGAUUUGCGACAUCGAGCCAUUCAGGUGACUCGGAGCCCCUCUUUUUCCCUCCCCGGCGAGGCGACAUCCACUCGUCCGCCGGCGCGCACUCGCCCUGGCAGCGCCGCAUGCACCAGCCCAUUUUAAGCAGUGGCAUCGAGACGCCGCGUGCCUCGCAGGCGAGCGAGGAGCUGCUCUUUUCGCACGCAAGCUCAGAGGCCGACGCGACGGCCUUGUCGGGUGGCCACGCGCCGAAGGUCAUUUGGGGCACGAACGUCUCUGUCGGUGAGACGAUGGAUCUUUUCCAGGCAUUCUUGCGCGGCUUCCGCCUCAAGUACCGCUGGGCAUAUGCGCGGACGCAUGGGCUGCCCCAGGCGCGCACACCCAACACGGAUGGCGAGCUGCUUCUCUACGAAGACUAUCUUCGGCAAAUGCGCGACACGGACCAGACAAAUCUGAAUCUGCGAAUUGCGGAUCUGGCGGCGUUCCCUCCGUCGCGGAAACUGGCACUGCAGCUGAUCCGGUACCCCCAGGAGGUGGUCCCGAUCUUUGAUACGGUGCUAAAGAACCAGCUGCUGGUGAUCACGGAUGAAGACCUGCGCUCAAGUGUGGACGAGGCCGAGGUGGAGAUGCUGCGCGAGCGCAGCGACAUGAUCGAAAGUCUGGUGUACGCGGUGCGUCCCUACGGCGGCACAUCGACGAAUAUGCGCGACCUGAACCCGUCGGACAUUGACAAGCUCACGACCGUACGCGGAUUGGUGAUCCGCGUUACGCCGAUUAUCCCUGACAUGAAGGUGGCGUUCUUCCGCUGUCUCGUGUGCCACCACACAGUGCAGGUCGAAAUUGAUCGUGGCCGCAUUACGGAGCCACAGCGGUGUCCCCGUGAUCAGUGUAACCAGCUGGGCUCGCUCUCACUCAUCCACAAUCGGUGCGAGUUUGCGGACCGCCAGGUGAUCCGCCUCCAGGAGACACCGGACGUUGUGCCGGAUGGCCAAACGCCGCACACGCUGAGCUUGUGUGUGUACGACGAGCUUGUGGAUCUGUGCAAGCCUGGCGACCGCGUCGAGGUGACGGGCAUCUUCCGUGGUGUGCCCGUGCGAGCCAACCCGCGGCAGCGCACUCUCAAGAGCCUGUUUAAGACGUACCUGGACGUGGUGCAUGUGCGUCUGAACAGUGCGCGGCGUCUGCAGCUGGACACUUCGACGCGCGAUGCCAUGAGUGCGCGCUCUGUCGGUAUUGGCGGCGACGACGAGGGCGAGGAGUUCGACGCGCGCAUGGGCCGGACGGGCGAUCCGGCGUCGGCCCCGCCGCCGUCCAGUGGGCGUCUCGCACUGCUGCCUGGGGAGGAGAUGCAGCAGCAGAUCCAGCGGCUGGCCGAGCGCCCCGACGUGUACGACGUGCUUGCGCGCAGUCUCGCGCCGAGCAUCUACGAGAUGGACGACAUGAAGAAGGGUGUGCUGCUACAGCUCUUUGGUGGUACGAAUAAGUCGAUCGCGACGGGUGGCGGCCUGGGCGGCCCGCGAUACCGCGGCGACAUUAACGUGCUCAUUGUGGGCGACCCAGGCACGUCCAAGAGCCAGAUGCUGCAGUACGUCCACAAGAUUGCGCCACGCGGUGUCUAUGUGUCUGGCAAAGGCUCGUCGGCCGUGGGUCUCACAGCGUACGUGACGCGCGACCCCGACUCGAAGCAGCUCGUGCUGGAGAGUGGCGCGCUGGUGCUGUCAGACGGCGGUGUGUGCUGCAUCGAUGAGUUUGACAAGAUGAACGACGCGACCCGCAGUGUCCUGCAUGAAGUCAUGGAGCAGCAGACGGUGUCUAUUGCCAAGGCCGGCAUCAUCACAACGCUCAAUGCGCGGACGUCCGUACUGGCCGCCGCGAAUCCGAUCGGAUCCAAGUACAAUAUGCGUCUGCCAAUCACCAAGAAUAUUGACCUGCCCCCGACGCUCAUUAGCCGCUUUGACUUGGUGUACCUGGUGCUGGACCAGAUUGACGAGGCGAACGAUCGCCGCCUCGCCAAGCAUUUGGUGAGCCUCUACCUGGAGGAUGCCCCAGCGUCGGCGAGCAGGGCUACGGACAUUGUGCCGAUCGAGCUGCUGACCUCGUACCUGUCGUAUGCGCGCGCCAAUGUAGCGCCGGUGCUCACGGCCGAGGCCAGCGAUCUGCUGGCGCGCCGGUACGUGGAGCUGCGCAAGGCCGGCGAGGACCCACGCAGUGCGGAGCGGCGCAUAACGGCCACGACGCGCCAGCUCGAGUCGAUGAUCCGUCUGUCCGAGGCGCAUGCGCGUAUGCGUCUGUCUACGGUAGUGACCGCGGACGACGUCGAAGAGGCCAAUCGGCUGAUCCGUGAGGCGGCCAAGUCCAGCGCGACGGACCCGACGACAGGCCUGAUCGACUUUGACCUGCUGACGACAGGGCGCUCGCUGCAGCAGCGCCGCAUGGCGGGUGAUCUGCGCACUGAGCUGCUAGGCAUUGUGACGCAGCUGGCCGGGGCAGGCGGCAGCACAUCGCGUCCGGUGCGUCUGACCGAGAUUGUGCGUGCCUUCCGGGAGCAGAGCUCAAUUGCCGUCGACAUGCCCGAGCUUAGCGAGGCGUUGCGCAUGCUCGAGGCGGAAGGCGUCGUUCAGGUCGCAGGCGACCGCGAGCGGCGAACAGUGCGCCUCAUGUAG